UCCUUCGUCUUUUUUUUAUAUCAUCAUGCGAUUACUAUUAUCUAUAUUUUCUAUUUUCUCCAUUAUAUCCCAUACCAUUCUGGCACAAUCGAUAGAAUUGGAUAAACCCAAGUUCGAUACUUUGACAACUACAGGAUUUUGGCUUGUUGAGCACUUUUCUCCUUAUUGUCACUUUUGUAUUGCUUUUGCACCAACAUGGAAGGAGUUUACUGAAGAAGAAGCAAAAUGGGCUGCGACACGUAAUAUUCACUUUGGCACUGUGGAUUGUAUGAUCAAUGGUGAUCUCUGCAAAGAACAUAAGGUUACUGGAUUCCCGAUGAUUAUGUUGUAUCAAGAUGGUCAAUAUGUUGAUUCUUUCACUGGUACUCGUACAAAGGAAGCUUUGAAGGAAUUUCUUAUGGAACAUUAUACAACAGCAACAACAGCAACAACAACAACAGACACAGAAACAAUAGAAUCAACUGUAUCGAACGGUAACGACAAUGAAUACUCUUCAGUAGAUAAUAUCAAAGUUAACCCGAAUGGACAAUCUAUUGAUCUUGACUCUGAUACCUUAAAGAAGGCAAAAGAACAACCAAAUCGACCUUACUUUAUCAAAUUCUAUGCACCUUGGUGUGGUCAUUGUCAACGUCUUGCUCCUAUUUGGAAUCAAAUGGCUUUGGAACUGAAGAAUCAAUUGGAUGUGGGUGAAGUUAACUGCGAUAUUCAUCGAGAACUAUGCCAACAAAAUCAAGUGGAUGGAUUCCCUACCUUAAAAUUGUUUGUCAAUGGUCAAGAACAUGAAUAUUCCGGUGAUCGAUCCCUACAUAGUUUGCUCACUUUUGCAAAGAAAAUGGCUGGACCUACCAUCAAGACUGUCAAUGAAGCUGAAUUCAAGAAAGAUUUGGAUCCAAAUGGAGUUGCCUUUCUCUACUUGCACAAAGAUGAAUCGGAUUCUGCAGAUGCUUUAUUAGAGACAUUGGGAAGACAAUUUAUUGAUGGGUUGGCAUUUUACAAGAGUACAGAUCAGAAAUUAGUACGACAAUAUGAACUCUCUUUAACAGAUUUACCUUUGGCAAUGAUUGUGAAAGAUGGCCAUCACUUUUUAUACCCAGGUCACCAAUUUGCAACGACAGCCAAUAUGGAAGCUCUCACGAAUUGGAUUGAAUUGGAAAAAUAUCCUGUAGUCACUCAAAUCAAUCCAGUCAAUGCAGCAGAUAUACUUCAAGGUCAAAGGAUUGUAGUUUUGGGUUUAUUUAGUCAUGCAGAUGAAAAUGCUAUACAUCAAUUUCGAAAACUGGCAGAAAAGGGUACUGAUCGUGAUCGUCGAUCUCGUGUGGCAGAUCGGGCUAUAUUUUGUCAAUUGGAUAUGGAUACUUAUGGCGAUUUUGCACAUCAAGCAUAUAAUAUUCAAAGAAAAAAUGUACCAGCUAUUGUGAUUGUGGAUGGAAAGAAAAAGCAAUAUUUCAAUAGAGAUGCCAAUCUCAAUUUACUUGAUUUACAACAAUCACAAACAAUUCUAAAAACUCUGGAUGAUGCAGUGACUGGUAAAAUUAAAGGGAUUUCUACUUUAUCUUUACCAGCAAGGUUAGGACAACAUUUACAAGAUGGUUAUUAUCAAGCGAAAACUCAUAGUUAUGUUACUAUGGGAAUGAUUUGUCUUUUGGGUGUGAUUAUUUACAAUAUGAUAUCAAACAAACGAAAACAAAUGUCUCGUGGUAGUGUAUUACCUACAACCCAUCAAGAUUAGUCUAUUAUUACUUUGUAUUUAUCUUUUUGAAUAAAACAAAUUACUCAAAGUUUUAUCAAUGCAACCAAACGAAUAAUAAAUAUAGUAAAGUAGGAAGUAGUGGGUCAAUUUUAUUUUCCGCUUCGAGUUGGG